AUCAAAACAAUAGAAAAUAACAAGCAAAAUAGGGGAAUUCCAAUUGAUUGCUGUAGUUCGCAGUUUAACAAUUUUGUUUUAAAAGUUUUAUUUUAAGUAGAUGAGGUAUUUACAUAUAUAAUUUUGAGUAAUAUUAUGUGUAGUAUAAAAUAUACCUAAAAUUAUGGAGGAAAUUUUGCACAGUUACAUAUCACAAAAGGAUUUGGAGAAAUUUGAGAAAAACUACAAUAAAGAGUUAGGAGAAAAUAUUCUUCAGCCAACAACACAAUUUGAGUAUGCUUGGGGCCUUAUUCGAAGUUUUUAUACUUCAGAUAUUGAGAAGGGAAUUAAGUUAUUAGAAGAACUUGUUGAAAGAAAUUCAGAUCGCCUACGUGAUUACAUAUAUUAUUUGGCCGUUGGAUACGCAAGACUUAAGCAAUAUUUUAUGGCCUUAAAUUUUUGUCAAGAAUUCCUUAAAAUUGAACCUAAUAAUCGCCAGGUUUGCACCCUGCAGGAAUGUAUAAAGGAAAAGUUAAAAGACAAAACCAUUAAUGGUAUAGCUAAAGUUGGAAAAGCCACUUUAAUAAUAGGCGGUAUAGUUGGAGUUGCGGCUGUAUUAUUUAAAGGUCUGUCGUUGUUAACGUCAGAGAGUUCGGGACCUUCUUGUAAUGAAGAAGAAGAAGAUUAAUAUGACCAUAAAACUACUCAAUAAUUCACAAAAUUGUUUUUAUUCAGAAUCACAAUUUAUAAGUUUAAGCACAUAUUAAUAAAUUAUCAAUUCUAAAGCAACAAUAAUAUUUGUCACUUCCAUGGUGAAGAUUAUGGAUUUUUAUGACUACAUCAAUCACAUUAUUCUUUCACUUUUACAAUUUUCCAUUUGAGUUUUCAUUUGAUAGACAUAAAAAUAAAAUGUAAGAUUUUAGUCUUCUCAUUUUGUUUUUCACUUGGAAUUAAUUAACCAUUAAUAACAGAUAUAUUCGUAUGUAAAUUAAUUGAAAAUAUGCAUUGUAAAAUAAAAAUUGUAUUAUUUUGUUAA